AAAUCAAGAAAAGGGAGGAUCGGGAGUGAUUGCUCUGAAUCCAGGUGUACAUACUUUUAUGAUUGGUUAUGACCCAAGUGAAAUGGCUGUUGAAUGGGGAAAAAAUGAUAUUGGGAACAAACAUACACGUUACAGGCUACGGCGUGUUAUGUUAUGUAUUCACAAGAGGAUCCAUUGUCUAGUUCAUGAAUGUCAUCGUAAGUUGGUUAUAUGGCUUUGUGAAAAUUAUCAUGUAAUAAUAUUACCAGAAUUUUGCACUCAAAGAGUGAUCAGACGCGGGCAACGACGUAUUGGUUCUAAGACGGCUCGAGCUAUGUGUACGUGGUCACAUUUUCGUUUUCGGCAACAUCUGGCCCAUAAAGCACGUGAACAUCCAUGGUGUGCGUCUAAAGUAUUUCGUUGUCCUAAAUGUAAAACAGUGCUCGAUAGAGAUAUUAAUGGUGCUCGCAUAUUCUUCUUCGCUACCUUACUAAAAAUGAGUCAGUUUAAGCUGACGUGGGAGCCUACUCCCUUACAGGACCUGUAUUACCUAAUUUAG